CUCCCGCAACGCCUUCCAAACUCUCUCGUUCUUUCCCUCCCCGGCGAGGCUUGUCAACGGCCGGAUUCCUUUCUAUUUUUGUAUUUUCUUUUCCUUCAUCUUUUCUUUUUUCUCUCGAGGUGGAUUCUAGAUGGGAUGGAUUUUGAUCAUCGUUUCAAUUUUAGUGGUCUGGGUAGCUUCUCUUUGCAAGAUUUUCCUUGCUCCCUCUUCCCACUCUAAACCCACAUUUUUGGAGGAUGGUCCAGCUUCUCGCAAGAGAAAUGUCUUGCUCGUAGUUGCUCACCCUGAUGAUGAGUCCAUGUUCUUUUCACCAACUAUAAGCUACCUGACUUCAAGAGGGCACAAUCUAUACCUAUUAUGCUUGUCUGUCGGUAAUGGAGAUGGCAUUGGAAGCAUUAGAAAAGAUGAGCUCUAUCGUGCUUGUGCAGUCCACAAGGUUCAACUUCAACAAGUGAAGGUUUUUGACCACCCGGAUUUGCAGGAUGGCUUUGGCCAUGUCUGGAACCAUGAUUUAUUGGCAAAGAUCAUUGAAGAGGAGGCCUACAGUCAUGGCAUUGACGUGCUUAUUACAUUUGAUGGCUAUGGUGUUUCUGGUCAUUGCAACCAUGGUGAUGUGCAUUAUGGGGUACGCAAGUUCUUGCAUGAUUCUUUACCUAGAAAUAUUGAAGCCUGGGAACUUGUGAGCAUCAACAUAUUGCGCAAGUAUAGUGGACCACUUGACAUUUGGUUGUCAAAUUUAGAUUCCAUGCGACAUCCAAGGGGUGUAAUGCAUUGCUUGCUUAAUGAGCAUCCACGGAAGAGCUUCCUUGCAAUGGCACAACACUCAAGCCAAUGGGUUUGGUUCCGCAAGCUUUUUGUUUCUUUUUCCAGUUAUACUUAUGUUAAUACUCUUAGAAAGAUAAAGUGAUUAUAGAUGGCCUUGAAGGACAAAGCUGCUUGGAGAUUUGUGCCUGUUCAUAUUUGAGGUAAUUCUCUGCAGUAACACAGGGAUUACUACUUGUUAGGUGUGCUCACUUUAAAUCUAUAUCAGCAUCGGUUAAGGUUUUACAUUUUACGAUUCUAUGUGAGCAAAUUGAGGACCAAUUUACUGGAAAACAUUCCUCUUUCACUAUUUCAAAAUUUUGAGGCCCCCUACAGAGAGUAUCACUUGUCUCUUGCAUUUGCUACAUUGUGUUAAUCGUGAUCCAAAAGGCUUGUGGUGGACUUGGUAACAUUGUUAGAUUUGUGUUUCAUUGAGUUUGUUUGUAGGUAUUAGCUAGAGUGAGCUUGGAUGAGGGGUGGUGAAUUUUUCCUACUACAAUAGUCCCAACGCAAACAUUGGGUUGCAAUUACUUUUUAUUCCUCCAUCACAAACGGUGGCUCUAUUCCUAUGCUGGUAUCAAAUAAGGAAUUUAUCCUAAGCAGUGAUGUUUGGAUGGAUAUGGGGAGGCAGCCACUCUACUAGCUCUAGUUAAUAGGCUUAUUUGUAUUCGAUUGUUUUAGACUAUACUUUUAUCAUAAAAUGUGGAUUUAUGGUGUUCUAAAAGCGAUGGCACUUGACCUUCUCCAUGUCAAACUUGUAAUAUAUUCGUGGAUUUUUGACUGCCAGGGUUUUGGUAUCAAAUCACAAAUUUCUUUUCCCUUGGCCUAA